AUGGUGAUAAGAUUUGAAUAUAUAAAUUCAAUGUUGAAAGAGAAAUUACGUAGCAGCACUUGCGAUACUCAAGGUACAGUCAAGCCUUUUGUAGUGAAUAACGGUAAUACUGACCACGACGACAAAUUAUGGAACCGUCUCAUAAUAACUGCACACGCUACAAUUACUUUGUGGAAAGAAUUAUUUAGUAUUCAUCAAAUUACGAUCUUUGGCCUUACCUGCAAAUUUAUUAUUUUGGACCUGAUUUUGGUGCAGAGUGUAAUAACUACUAUUCAAAAUCAGAUACCCAUAAAUAUUUUGUCAGUGACAAUCGUGGCACCAUUGAUAUUGAGUCUGUUCUUUAUAGUGUUACUGUGCGCCAUGGUGGAACUACUAAACAAAAAGAUGGAAAAUUCGAAAAAACUUUGCGCCAAUAUUUUGUGUUUUAGUACUGGUGCAUCUCGGCAUAAUGUCAAGCGUUUAUUACUACUGCUGGAAAUAGAAAGAAAAAUAUACAUUUACGACAUAUAUGUAUUGGACGCUCAACUACCUUUCAAUCUGUUCGCAAUCACCGCAACAUACACAAUAGUUCUUCUGCAGUUUGCUUUGUUAUAA